UCCCCUACUGCGUUUACAUUCUGAUUACUUUUUCUCCAGAAAACUUUGAAUUGAUUCUAGUUAAACUAUCAUGGCACGUUACUAUCAUGGCAAAAAAAUUCAUAAAAUUGAAACUGAAAUCUCAAUUUUUGUAAUGGACGUUGGUAAUUUUUACAAAAAGGAAACUUCCCUCAAGGAAGCAACUAGUCUCGAGACAUUCCUUGACUCUGUUUCUAUUUCACGCCGUUACAUGGUAGGAAGAGCAACACAUUUGAAGACAACCGUAUAUCAUGCAUCUAAGGAAAUUUCAACGGAAGCUGAUUUUCAAGAUAUUUUUAAGCUUCAGCACUAUCCAUAUGAUUUGAAACCUACUGUUAUGCAAGUACAUGUAUUAGUAGAUUUCAGUGUGAGCAGUUGGGAUCGUUUCCUUCCAACCGAAUACAGACAGUAUUACCACGGUCUACCAGGAGAGGUACCCAAACGCCGUAUCCCUUUCGUCAGCCAGAAUAAUCAAGGGACUUAGAAGCUUCCACAAAAUGCCGCUUGGAACGCGGGCGUAGCUUGGUCCCAAGCUGUGUGUAAAGCGUCUGUCAUUGCGUGGUGUUCUGUGGUUCUGUCUUACAGAUCUUGUUGUGCGUUUUGAAUUUUUAACUGAUUUCACACCUUUAAUGCCUUUAAUUUAAAUUUUCUUGUAUUUCAAAAUGGUGAAGUGCUUUGUGACGGGUUGCUCUAUAGGAUUUCUCAGAUGUAAAGAAAAAAUUACAAAAUUUCGUGCUCCCAGAGACGAAAAACAAUUUAUUCUAUGGCAGAAAGCUAUUCCAAGAAGUGACAGAAAGCUGACCAAACAGGACUAUGUGUGUGCAAAGCACUUUAAAGAUAAAGAUUUAACCAAAGAGAGAACCAUUCUCAAUGAGGUAUUUCCUCUGAAGAUUUGGAAGUUGGCAGCUGAAGCCAUUCCUACGCUAAAUCUAUGUAAUUGCAGUAUGUCUAUAAUUUUGUAUCUUAAAUAAUCAUUCAUCUGUUUCACUUUUUUCGGGGGUGACAACGAUAAAGUAAAAAAGAAAAUGAAGAAGAAUAGUAAACGGAAUGUUGAUCCUGAAAAGUGGCAAAAUGAGCUUGAUUUUCCCAACAGUCCUGAGCCCAUUAAAGAGCCAGACAGUCAAGAAACUCUGGAAUUGAACAUCACACCUGAGUUUGCAGCUGAUGUUGAAAUGCUGGAUCCUCUAGAAUAUGUUGAUGAGCCCAUCGUAGAAGCAGUCAACAACCUUAUUUGUGAUCCCACAAGAGCAAAGCUUCCCGAACAUUGGAAAUGGUGUCUUACUGAUGAAGAUCUACAACAGGAUGAUCCCGUAGCUUACAGCAAGAUAACUGCUGUUAGAUUUGGCGUUUGUAACGACUUCACAUUUCCCAUCAAAAUGAUUACAGUUGUAGGUGGUGAAGUGUUUUACACUGUCAAGGGGGUUCUAGUCACACCACCUAAUUUCCUGCCAAAAUCAUUCAGCACAGUAGAAGAACUCACUGACUUGUUGGCUCGCUUUGACUCAACCAAUAUUUGUGGUGGUUUCAAAUUGGUUUGUAAGGGAGCACUAACACCCAGCAUGAAAAAAGAGACAGUCAAGCAGUUUGGUGAACGGAGAUCGAAAUUCUGCUCUCGACUUCUCCAGAAAGGCUCCACUUGCUAUAGAUGCGAACACCUGAAUAAGUUAGUGGCUGGUAAAUCACCGACCCCAAGUCCAAUGGAGAGACUUCUUGACCGAAGCCAGAAAUCAACUUACAAAAAUCGUCUGUUAAAGUGGCAGUUACAACGUAAAGGAAAACUGAUUAAGGAAUUAAGACAAGAAAUCAAGGAUUUAAGAAAAGACAUGUCACGUGCGUGCGAGAGUGCCCUUUAAGAUAAACUGUCUAGCCUUAAUCCCAAGGUAUUUAAUCAUUUCAAUGAGACAGGCGAUGAAACUGAAUGUGGUUACUGUAACUGUUAUGUAAGAGUUGUCUAAAUUCCUACCCUACUUGUAUUAAUACCUCCCAUUGACUUACACGACUACAGUUUUCCACCAAGAAGAAUAACCAACGAUGUGUGAUCAGAACUUUCUCGAGUAUUCUUACUAAUUUUUAACAAUUAAUUGACAUUAUUAUCACUAUUUUUCUUUCCACUGUGGUAUUUAUCUUUUUCCCCAUUUUUUUUUAU